CAAAAGUAGGGUUAUGUUCGGUAUUUCCAAAUUGAAAUCGAUAUAUUCAAAACCGCAGAUCUUGUGACUUUAAUUACAUAUCGUCAGAGAUGGCUGUUAAUACAAUCCUCUUAGAUUUUUCGGUGGAUCCAAGCGUCGUAAAAAACGAAUCUCGUCUCUCAGUGGUAGCAACGAACGUCGAGAAUAUUUUGCGCGAAUAUUUGACCAGUUUGAAGCAUAUCAACAGUUUUAAUUACGAUGGGGGCCUGAUAAAGGUAUACACGUGCGACCCCGGCGCCACGGUCAAUUUGAGAGUGUACAGCAACGGAUUGAUAACUAUAAAUGUUGAUUAUUUCAAAGGUGACAAACAAGAACCGAUUCUGACUUACGAUAGGUCUAGACAACUCGAAAAGGACGUUUUGGAACGGGUUAUCGACGUCUCCAAGGCGAUGGCGUUGCCGCCUAUAAAAAGGGGCACUUACAUGACAUACUUUGUCAGCUCAGAUGAGCGACUUUUGGAAUACGAUAUCGAUGAAAUCGUCUUUGAACAGAUUACGCCUUACCAAAAAGUCCAAAUUGUGCACUCGAAGAGUUUGGGGAAUAUUCUAGUCUUGGACGAUCUACAAAAUAUCGCCGAAUCAGAUCUUAUAUAUACAGAAACAUUGAUGGCAAGGGGCAAAGAAAACUACAAAGAUAAAGAAAUUGUGAUAUUGGGAGGUGGUGAUGGCGCUCUCUUGUAUGAAUUGUUGAAAGAGAAUCCCAAAGAAGUCAUUAUGUUAGAAAUCGAUGAUGUGGUUAUGAAAGCUUGCGCGAAGCACAUGCGUUCUGUGUGCGGAGACGUUCUUGAUAACUAUUCAGGUCCUAGCUACAAAAUCAUCGUUGGUGACUGUAUGAAAUCUCUUGAGCAGUACAUAAAAGAAGAUAGAAAAUUCGACUACAUUUUUGGUGACCUAACAGAUAUUCCCAUCUCGGAAAGUCUCACAGGACAAUUGUGGACUUUCGUGAACAAAAUCCUUCAGAUGUCCUUCAAGGUCCUCAAGUCUGACGGCAAAUUCAUGACACAUCUGAACGGAUCUUCCUCUCCCGACGCCAUCGAGAAAUACAAGUCCCAGCUGGAUAAGAUGCAGCCACCAGUGAAGUUUACGACUUCCAAGGCUUUCGUGCCCUCCUUCAUGGAGGACUGGGUAUUUUGCCAGGUGUCGUUCGACCAAAACAAAAAAGAAUAGCGUAUCGCUACGACUAGCAUCAGUCUUUUUGGUUUAUCAGUACAUAAUCAACACGUAGACGACUUUAGGUAGUACCUAAUGAAGUUACACCAAGCUGAGCAGUACGGAUUUAGCCGCGUUUGGAUAAUGACAAUUUUUAUUAUGCGUUAGAUAAUCAAAGGCGGUCUGUUUAAUUCGUGGACAUAUCUCGUUUGCAGUAUUAUUUGUCGUUAAUAUUUUUUUGCCGCAGAAUCACCUCGGAUAUCCAUAAAUUGGAUCGAGGAAGGGGUGGUUUACUAUUAUCUUGUAUAAUAAUUCAGUGUCAAUACAUGCAAUCUCAAAUGCAAUACAGUAAUGCUGAUGAUUGGCAUAGCUUCGAUUCUUAUGUUCUUUUUAGCUAGUUAUAUUCUAUCGAACGAAUCUCAAGUUAUAUAUUUUUAUAUGAAGAGAAAGACUGGUGUUAGUCAUGAUAUGUUUAUAUAAAAAAAAUUCCAAGUCUCGUGAAUAGUUUCAGAUAAGGAAAGAUGUUAUUAUCAGUUCCAAGUUUAAUGUAAUUUUUUUGUCAUAUCAAACACUGGGAUGAAAUAGCAUUUCAAAUAAAUGUUU